CUGUCUCGGGUGCCCACCCACCAGACGCAUAAAGCAAAAACACACCGCACCCAAGGCGGACGGCACCCAAGCCUCCGACCUCCGAUCCACCACCAACACGACACCAGCUCUUGGAGGAGGAGGAGGUGUCGGCAGCUUCGUCGUCGCGGUCGUCGGGGGAGCCGUGGGCACGGGAAGACAGGCGGAGAUGAGACGGCCGCUCGGCGCAUGCGGCACCAGAUCCAGCCCGGCCGCCGCUUUCCUCCUGGCCGCCGCCGCGAUCUGCGCGCAGUUCGCCGCAGGACUAGCUGAUGAUCCAUCUAAGGAUGGUAACAAAGACGACUCAAAAGGUCACACUGGCCAAACAGUUUUGUUUGUCCUGCUAGGAAUUGGUGCAGUCGGUCUGUUGUCAUUCUUCCUUUUCAAGUAUUGGCAGAAGAAGAAAAGAGAGGAACAACAUGCACGACUGCUGAAGUUAUUUGAAGAGGAUGAUGACAUUGAGGUCGAACUUGGCCUUAGAGAUUGAUAAUCUUCUCUGUACAGCAAGAGUAUCUUGGCUGACAAGGUUUUGCUGGCAGAUCAUCAUGUCACCUGUGUUAAAUGUAAAGAAUUUGUUGUAUUUAAACUCAGAGAAUAUGCUGUAAAACAUUACACGAUACAUGGUAGAUGAGCUGAUUAGAUGA